AUGGAGAAUCCAAACAAUGUGACAUAAUUCAUCCUUUUGGGCAUUAUGAAGAAUCCAGAGGUGAGGGAAAUGCUCUCUGCUGUGUUUCUAAUCAUGUAUUUGUCCACCAUCUUGGGAAACCUCCUCAUUGUGGUAACCAUGGUCACAAGUCAGAGUCUGAGAUCACCUAUGUAUUUUUUCCUUACCUCCUUGUCCCUCAUGUAUGUUACCUACUCUUCUGUAAUUGCCCCCAAGAUGAUUGUGGACUCCUUCUCUGAAAGCACUGCCAUCUCUCUGGAAGGUUGUAUGGCCCAGCUAUUUGCUGAGCAAUUCUUUGGUGGGGUGGGGAUCAUUCUUCUCAUUGUGAUGGCCUAUGACCACUAUGUGGAUCUGCACUACAUGACCAUCAUGAGGCCUCAGGUGUGUUGCCUCUUGCUGGGAGGAGCCUGGGUGGGGGGAUCCAUACAUGCAACUAUACAACUUCUCUUCAUGUGUCAAACACCCUUCUGUGGACCAAAUAUCAUUGAUUGCUUUAUGUGCGAUUUGUUUCCACUGUUGAAACUGGCCUGCAUAGACACACACCUCCUGGGCCUCUUAGUCAUCCUCAACAGUGGGGUGAUGUGUGUGGCCAUCUUCCUUAUCCUCAUCACCUCCUAUGUGGUCAUCCUCUGCUCUCUCAAGUCUUACAGCUUUGAAGGGCAGCAUAAAGCCCUCUCCACCUGUGGCUCCCACCUCAUUGUGGUUGUCUUGUUCUUUGUGCCAUGUAUUUUCUUGUAUGUUAUGCCUGUUGCCACUUAUCCUAUAGACAAGGCAAUGGCUGUGUCCUUUACCAUUGUUGCACCCAUGUUGAACCCCUUGAUCUGCACCUUGAGGAAUGCAGAGGUGAAAAAUGCCAUGAAGAAACUGUGGAUGAAACAAAAUACCUUGUGUUAUCAUUAA